UAUUUUAUUUUAUUUAUUUGUUUAUGUAUUUUUAGAAAAAUGCAUAAUUUGUUCCUGUAAGAUUUAUUUUAACAUUUCAGAAUUAGUUUUUUUUUUUUUUACAUGCGUAUUUAGAAAAAAAGAGAAAACUUUAUUUAUAAAUUAACAUGCAACACAAGUGUGAAUGCCAAAGGGAAUCAUGGGAGGAAGAAACAUCGCUUUCCGCUGUGCUAUAAAAUAAAAUAAAAUAAAAUAAAAUAAAAUAAAAUAAAAUAAAAAUAAAAUAAAAUAAAAUAAAAUAAAAUAAAAUAAAAUAAAAUAAAAUAAAAUAAAAUAAAAUAAAAUAAAAUAAAAUAAAAUAAAUAACUCGAGGCAGCGAAUAGAUUGAAUCGAUUGAGUUGGUCUUUCCGCAUCGAUGCUUCUGGGAUCUGCUAGUUAAGCUCCGCUGUUGCUGGACGAUUGUUGUCAUUUUUGUGUGGUUAGCCUUCAACGUAGCCCAAAUGUUUCCCUUCGACAAACUUUGAUCAGCAGGAUGUUAGGAUGGAGGGUUCUCGACUUCUGCCCGACAGCUUGGUGUUGGAGAUCUUCUUGCGUCUGCCUCACAAUGCUGUGCUGAGAGCCGGUCUGACCUGCAGACAGUGGCAGGCCGUCUCCAGAGAUGAGUUCCUGUGGAAGGAGCUGUUCUACAACUAUUACCGUAUACCACGAUCGGUACCUCGACACCCCUCGGCUUUCUCGUGGUACAAGGAGUUCAAGCGUCUCUUUGACUGUAUCCCCUGUGUGGAAGUUCAGACGCUCAGAGAGCACAGCGACCAGGUCCUACACUUAGCUUUUUCGCAUCGAGGUCACCGGUUCUCCUCCUGUUCCAAAGACUGCACAGUUAAGCUGUGGGACACGGAGAGGCCAGAUGGAGUUAUUUCACUGGUACACAGCUCAAGCAUGCGCCAAUUCAACUGGGGCUACACCCAAUUCUCCCAGUUUAACGCUGACGACAGCCUGCUGUUGGUGUCUGGAGUCUACCUGGGCCCACACCACUCAUCAUCAGGGGAAAUCGCCGUCAUUAGCAUGGAAAACUACACACUGUUGUCGCGGGUUAGAAACAAGCCGUACGACGUGUUUGGCUGCUGGUUAAAUGAGACUCACCUGAUCUCUGGAAACUUGCACUGGAUCGGCAACAUGACAUCCUGCUCGGUUCUCUGGCUCAACAAAGCCUUCCAGGACAUCGAAUCGGAAAACGUCAAUGUGGUCAAGCGCCUCUUCAAGAUCCAAAACGUCAACGCCAGCACCAUCCGUACGGUGAUGGUGGCCCACUGCCAUCGCCAUGACAACCCAGACCUGCUGCUGGACUAUGAGGCUCAGUCUCAGGCCAGGAGGCAGAAGGGGGAGCAGCAGCCUCAGCACCAGCCGCUCCUCUUUGACCUGGGAGCCUCUGGCAGUGAAGAGGAGCUGGAGGAAGGGGAGGAGGAGGAAGAGUUUCAUCAGGACUCUAGAGGUCACAGCUUCUCAGCCCGUCGUCCCCAGUCCUCUAUCUCAAGCCUGGAUCAUGUUAUUCAUAGUUGUAAAAAUGUGAGAAGCAGUGAUCGGGAACUCGAGUCUAAGGUGGCUCAGAUGAUGGGACGAGUCCACACAAAGGCCCCUGAGUCCAGCAUCAUCCAGUCCGCAGAGUCUGGGGAGGAAGAAGAUAAAACAUACUUACUCUUUACCACUGGCAGCCUUACAUACUCUCCUCACCAGAUCGGCAUUAAGAGAAUCAAACCAGACCAGAUGACAACUUCUGGUCCUGUUCUUGGGGAAGAGCGAAGCUCCGAGUUUUUUGAUUCCCUGGACCAUGUUAUUGAUAUCCACGGCCACAUCAUUGGUAUGGGAUUAUCACCUGACCACAGGUACCUCUACGUGAACAGCCGGGCGUGGCCAGCGGGGUGCGUCAUCUCUGACCCCAUGUCACCACCUCCCAUCGCAGAAGAAAUCGACCUCCACGUCAUUGACCUGAAGAGCUUAAGGGAGGAAAGGAGGAGCCUGCGGGCUCACCGGGCCUUCACGCCCAACGACGAGUGCUUCUUCAUCUUCCUGGAUGUCAGUAGAGACUUUGUUGCCAGUGGAGCAGAGGACAAGCACGGCUACAUCUGGGACCGACACUACAACAUCUGUCUGGCCCGGCUGGCGCACGACGACGUCGUGAAUUCGGUGGCAUUCAGCCCAGCGGAUCAGGAGCUGCUGCUGUCCGCCAGCGACGACUCCACCAUCAAGGUGUGGCGCUCGCCGCGGAUGGUCCGUCUGGCUCAAGCGUCUCCUCGGAAGCUGAGGCACCGCAGCCUCCUGCCGUCGUGGCUCACUCGCACCAGGAACUCCACAGCCGCCGGCAGCGUGAACGGAAAACCCUGAGCCCGGGUGGAGACGCUCUCCGGGAGGUUUGGAGCGGGAUGAAGAGGCGUCCUCCCUCACACCGGUCAGACAUACACUCCGUGUUUUUGUACAGUGUGGUUACAACUUUGUGUUUUUGCUUGAGUCUCUGUCGUGACCUAGUGACUCAAGUUUAUACACAAGGGGGCGCCGUUGCACCACACAAUGGAGAAACCGCUACAGAAACUGCUGAAAGGAAGUAUGUUACCCAAAUGGGAAGUGCUGCUGCCUAAAUGCACGUCACUAAUGUCCUGAAGUGUCUCCGAAGGUCAUCGAGACCAGGUCAGACUGAUCUGCAGCAUAACUCAUGCCAACUGUAGCCGUUUCUUUCCCUCAUUAUCGGGCCGGUAGCUCAUUUAUGUUUAUUUUUUUCAAUUAAUAGAAAGAUUUAAUUAGUUUCCACAUAAAAAAUUAACAAAUCCUGAUUUAAAAGAGUUAAAAGGAGAAAGCCAGUUUGAGCUGUAUUACUGUAGUCUUCCUUGGUUUAACGGACGUCCGGUUUUUAUGUUUUUGUGGCCCCAAAACUAUUGUUCUGUGUAGAAGUAAUUUAUUCAAAAAGAUUUGGCGUAAAGCAUGACUGUAUAAAAAGAUGUCUUUGUGACUGAUUGUUACUCCAUAUAUGGAAAUGUAUUUAUGAGCCUCCUUAUGGGAAGAAUUAGAAUUUCUUCUAAGAAAGGAACCCCAGAAACUGAUUCCUGUUUGACAGUCUAAAUUAAAAAUAAGAAAGUAGAAGCCAGCAGCUUUUUUAACGUUCCCUAAAACACUCAAACAUAAUACAAGUGUGGCACAAGAUUAAGUAUAAUUUUUUUUUCUUUUAACGCAGUUUAAACGCUGUUAAAAUUCACAUUUUGAAACAUUUUUAUGAUGUAACUCUCUCAAAUUAACACUUUUAUCACAAAAAUAAAAAGUAUUGUAAUAUUUUAGGCUGCAUAGAUGUAACACCAGACCUACCUACAGUAGAAGUGAAUCCAGCAGCACUACAGAAAUAAAAAAACAUCUUUAAAGCUAAAGUUUCAGGUGAAAGUUUGGUCAAAGCUUUUUGUCUUGUGACAUUUUUUCAUAUUAUAUUUGACUUUUGCUGCAAAAACUUUUGAGCCCCUUAAAAAGAAAACGUGCAUAAAUAUCAGUGACAAUUGCAGCUUCAAAAUCUGGUUGUUUGCCCAAAUGAUUUAUACAAAAUAUACAUAUAUUUCUGUAAUAUGACCGAUUAAUGCAUAUUUGAAUAUCCACUGCGUUUAUGUUGGGAAAUCCUCCUUUAUUGGAGCACACAGUCAUUUUUUCCUCCUGGUCCAUUAAAAUGUUUUUUCCACUUUUAUGAAACUUUUCCAUAAUCCCCUUUUAAUAAAUCUUACACAAUCCCUGAAGUAAAAGAUUAAAGAAACCCUGCCACGUUGAUGUUUGUCCUUACUGUUGAGCAGCUUUUAGGUUUGUUGGACAUAUUUUUAGACGAGUCUGUGCAUUAUUUGGACGUCUCCAACAACACACGCCAAAUAAAGGCGAAAAGAAAACCAUCGGUGUACCUCAGGUCUGGAAAUGUCUGUUUCUAACUGCUGAAUUUUCCAGUUUCUGCAAAUUUAUGUCCUCACUGAAUAAAAGCUCUUUGAAUUAAAA